CCCCGCCCGGCUUUGCAGCUAGGGCGCAGGGAGGUAGCUCCGGUUUUCUCUCGCUGGUGCCUUUGGGCAGCAGCUGGGGGCUUUCAAAGCCUUUGAACUCGAGAGGCCUUUCCGUCAAGAGAGCCGGAGCAGCUGGAACUGAGCUCGCUUGCUACAGAGCGGAACAAAGCACUGGGGGCUAGGAAGCCCGAUGGACUGGGACCAAGCCUUGACAGGCAGGAGCAUGUAGUCGGCAAACUCGAAUCAGAGGCUCGACCAGGGAUCUCUCCUUUCUCGCAAGAAGAGAGGGGCAGCUUGCGAGAUCCGAAUGUCAGGCGAGCAAAGACAAUUGCCUGAAUUCAUCAGGAUGCACAGAACUACCAGGAUAAAAAUCACAGAGCUGAACCCUCACUUAAUGUGUGCCUUAUGUGGAGGCUACUUUAUAGAUGCCACAACUAUUGUGGAAUGCUUACAUUCAUUUUGUAAAACCUGCAUUGUCCGCUAUCUGGAAACCAACAAAUAUUGCCCAAUGUGUGAUGUACAAGUUCAUAAAACAAGGCCCCUUCUCAGUAUCAGAUCAGAUAAAACUCUACAGGAUAUAGUAUAUAAACUGGUGCCAGGACUCUUCAAAGAUGAAAUGAAGAGGCGACGUGAUUUUUAUGCAGCAUAUCCCCUGGCUGACGUUCCCAAUGGAUCCAAUGAAGACAGGGGUGAAGUUUCAGAACAGGAUAAAGGAAACCUAACAGAUGAUGAAACGGUCAGCUUGUCCAUUGAAUUCUAUGAAGGAAUCAGAGAUGAAAAUAGAGGGACUAUUGAAAAUGGAAACAUAGAAAAAGAUAAGAAGAACAGCAUGAGAUUCCUCCGAUGUCCUGCUGCUAUGACUAUCAUGCACCUGGCUAAGUUUCUCCGGAACAAGAUGGAUGUUCCCCCUAAAUACAAAGUGGAAGUUCUCUAUGAAGAUGAACCUCUAAAAGAAUAUUACACUCUCAUGGACAUAACUUAUAUCUAUCCUUGGCGAAGGAAUGGCCCUCUCCCACUGAAAUAUCGUGUUCAGCCAGCCUGCAAGAGGUUAAAACUGUCUUCUCAACUUCCCAACUCAGAGUGUACCAACACCAGUGGGGCUUCAGAGUGUGAAUCUGUCAGUGACAAAGCUCAUAGCCCAGCCACCUUGCCGGCUACCACCUCCUCCUCAUUGCCAAGUCCUGUCACACCUUCCCAUGGCUCCCCAAGCUCCAAUAUCACCACUAAAAUGCAGAAUUGCAGUUGAAAGCUGAAGGGAUACAGUGCCUUCGACUGGCAUAGCAUCACUAGCCCUUCGUGGAGCAGUUUACAUCAUUAACCACAAUAUGGUUGCCUUGGCGCCUUGUGCUAAGUUCUUAGUUGCUGGAAUAAUUGUCUUGAAGCUUCACCUUUUAUUCAUAUGCCCUUUCUUACAUGUGUUCAUAAAGUCUGUUUUCAGAGUACAUCUUUGCUUUGGUUUUAAAUCUUUUCAGUCAUAUAUUUCCCUAUCAAACAUUGUGGGACAGUUUGCACACUAGCAGUUCUUUAUCAAAAAUCUCUUGCAUGCAUUGGUUUCCAGGACCUGGCUAGAAAUGGGCUAGGGACAAUUCAGAAAGUCCACUACUUCCAUGUGACUUUCCUAAGCAGAUUUGGCUGGCCAAUGUAAUAGGCAAAUGAUUCAUCCAUACAACUCUUUGACCUUUAUUAGAAAAGCAGUUUUAUAAUCCUUACAAUUCUUGUUCUAAGAGCUACAAUACUUGAUAGUGGUUUAAAUUUGUAGAGUAGUAGAACUACAGUCUUAAUUUCCACAAUUUGAAUUUCUGAAAUGCCUGCUGCAAUUCUCAGCAUUGUUUAUAGCAGGGGUGUUAAACUCAUGGCAGCCUGCAGUCACAUGGAUGUAUCAUGACUUUUUCCCUCUUUGCUAA